CCAGAAUCCAUCUUUCUUCAUAGCCCACGAAUAAAUGAUUCCAUAAACGAUCCGACAGCAGCAUCAUGAGCCCUAGAACACGAUACAUAUCAUGGUGGCCGGCUCAAGGUCGUCGUUGAGGCGUCCGACGCGAGGUCACAACUCUCCCACGUCCAGCAGCCCAUUAAUCGAGAACACACCGCCACUGCUCCCAAAAUCCGAAGACAAGCCUGAUGCAACGCGAAACAAGCGUCUUCGUACCUCUACCAUCUCUGGAGAGCAGCAGAUCCUGAAAAGACGACGAUUAUCGUCCAACAGAACCGAGAUACCUGAACUACGCAUCCCGUUACGAAGUCGCGGGGGCCUGCCUAGAGUCAAGUCCCCGGCGCCAUCUGCAGCUACCGCCCACAAUGCAGCCUUUCCAAAAUUGCAUGCAAAUUCCCCUAACAUUGGAAAACCUCUUGACUCACCGAGCGGCAAACCCCAGUAUGAUCAAAUCAGAAUCAUCGAAGAGAGGGCAAAGGCCUCAAUACGUGGCAGUGGAGGGCUGUCUGCGCCGCGGGAGGAAAGGCGGAAGCUACGCUCUGAGGACGGAGGGUCACGAGCAAAGACAGAACUGGCACAAUACUUUCCUGAUUUCGAGGAUAUGCUCAGUUUGAAGCCUCCUGAUCCUGAAGCCUUGACAGUACGAAGCAAGGUUGUCCUCGUCGAUGACACCCCUGGAUUCGAGCCAGGGAGCCCUCGAACAGAUCCCUUUGGCGUGAAUAAGCCAUUACACAACACAGAAGUCAUUCAACUCAGUCGAAGAGGCAUCUCGACCGAUGUUACUGCCGAAGAUCCCUUGGACGAGGAGUUAUAUCUCAAGAUCCAUGGAAAAGCAGAAAGGCACGAAAAGCAAAUGAAGAAUGGUGAUCGAGAGAGGGCGCAGCAUGAAAAGUAUCAACUCGAAAAGCUGUUGGAUGAUCUUCGUGGGCCAGAUUGGCUUAAGACGUUAGGAAUUUCCGGCAUCACAGAGACCGAGAAGAAACGAUAUGAGCCUAAACGACUGUUGUUCAUUCGUGAGACACAAGCAUUAAUCGACAAAUUCAAACGGUGGAAGGAGGAGGAGAGACGCAGGAAGAUAGAGAGAGAACAAGCAUUGCUCGAGGAGGCUAUGGAUGAAGACGAAGAAGACGACGAGACUACGGAAGAAUCGUCUUCUGAUACAGACGAUGAAAGUAUAGAGACUGCAUCGACCCACGCAGCUAACUCUAGUGAGAUCGAUGCCCUUGCAUCGCAACAACUUAUCGAUGAAGCCAAAAACGCAAAUAAACGCAAGAAGCUGACACCUGUGUCGGUGCCGGAGAUUCCCUCACCACCGCGACCAUUUGUAUCAUUCUUCGACAAACGACACCUGCGCGAUGCAGCGGUCUCAGGACGGCAACGGGGACGUAACAUACUGGCUUUCGGUCACACAGUGCCAGAAUUUGAAGACUCAGACUUCGAAUUGCCUAAUGAUGUUCUCACAGAAGAAGCUAUAAAAACCAGUCAGAGGUCACGGCGGCGUAUACGACGUGGGAUCGACGAAUGAAGGUGUAUCCUGGACGAGCUCAGGCUGUUUCUUUGCAUGGGUUGUACUUCAAAAAAAAAAGACGGGGACAUCAUUAUGAGACUGAUAGGUCUGUUUCACGGAUUGGCACGGGCUUAUUUGUAGGACUAUUGGGCAGCACCACAUGGAUAUGGUUGAAAGGGGUCUCUGCUUGCUAGAGAUUGAAAAAUACAGAUGGGCAACGAUUAUCACAAACAGCGAUUUUCAAAGACAGCAAAUUUACACGCCAACAGUAU